CAAGGAAUACAAUAUUGCCCGCCAAAACUCGAUCACAAAGACACAGGUAGCCUUUAAUUCACCUGAUCUUCUUUCCCUCCGUUCCCUUUGACUGGUAGGUUUUAUGCAUUUCUCUCUCCUCUCUCUCUGAAAAUCUCAAAUCAAUCCCCGCUCUAUGAACCAUGGAAACCACCACCUCCGAAAACCACCCGCAACCGCAAAUCAACGGUCUCGAUUCGCCGACUAUCGAACUGCCCAAUCACGAUGAUCUCCUCGUCGAGCUCCGGUCACUUCGCCAAUCCUAUGAGGCUCUUCAAUCGAAAUACUCCACUAUGGAGGAAAAUCUCUUUCUUUUCCAGAAGCAGAGAGACGAGGCACUCCAUCAUAAUACGGAUCUCAAAGUAGUUAUAUGUGAAAUUUCGCACGAAAGAGACUCUCUUCAAGAACAAAUUCGUGAACUUGAGGUCUCUUCCAAGGAAAGAGAAGAUGAAUUCGAAAGAAGGAUAGAUGAGGAGUUGUCGAGAAAAGAAGAACUUGAAAAGGAAGUUGAAGUUGCUAAGGUGAGAAUCGAAAAGUUGGAAUUUGAGAUAAAUGAGGCAGAAAGAAAAAUUUUGAUUCUGUUGAAGACUUUGGAUUUUAUACGGCCCGCGAAGGAUUGUUUGGUGGGGAUAAUAGAGUGUUUAGAUGACGAGAAAGUAGUCGAGAGAGUGAAUAACGAUGAGGGUAGUCUAGAAUUGGAAUUGGACAAUGAAUCAAGGGCAUUAUGGGAAGAAUUCACACCCAUUACAAGGCUAGCAAGCGAGGCAAAAUCAAAAGUGAUUGAAUUUAAAGAGAUGAAGAAGAAUGAGAAACGAGAAUUGGAGAACAGUGUAGUGAGUUUGACAGAGGAGAAUCGCGAUAUCAGUAGUUUGUUAAGGGUUGCUUUGUUGGAGAAGGAGGCAGUAGAGAAAAGUUUGAAUAAGUUGAAAGGGAACACUGAGCAGAAAAGGGUGGCUUUAUUGCAGAUUGCAGAGCGGGGCUUGCAAAGAGUAGGGUUUGGCUUCAUGAUGGGAAGUGGAAGUACUGAUCAAUCAGUAGAGAAUUCAAUAGCUAGCAAUACUGGCACUCCAGCUAGUACUACUGCCAGUACUAAAUCGGAUAGCAGUGAGUGUGAAGAAGAGGUUGUUAGUCUGGCAUCAACUGUAGAGAGAAUAAUGAAGAAUUUAAGACUUGAAAUCAGUCAAUUGAGGAGAUCUCUGGAAGAGUCUAGGUCAGAUAAUGAGCGACUGCAGAGUCUCACAGAGAAACAAGCUCAACAAAUUGCAGAAAACACAUUGUACAUAAAGGAGUUGGAAGAGAGGGAGAGACUGCUAGUUCAAAAUGCAGAGGAACUCCUGACGGAAAUUAAAGAAACCGAGGAAGAGGUUGCUAGAUGGAGGGAAGCUUGUGAAUUGGAAGUGCAAGCUGGGAAAAAUGAGAUUGAAGAACGUGACAAAGUGGUUGUUAUCCUGAAGCAAGAACUGGAAAGAACAAAGGCUGCUUUAAUGAUAUCAAAUGGCAAGUUACAACUGAAAGAAGAACUUGCAGCUGCAGCGAUGGCUGCGCAGGCAGCAGCAGAAAAGUCACUGCAGCUGGCUGACAUCAGGGCUGCAGAACUCCAUAAGAGAAUUGAGGAGCUAAGGAAACAGCUAGAAGAAUCAGAGAGCAGAGAGCAUAGCCGCCGUAAAGUGAGACAUAUAUGUUGGCCAUGGCGAACUCUCAAAUUUAAUUCAGUUAAUAAUGCGAAUGAAAGAGUUCAGAAUGCGAGGCGGAUGCUACCAGAAAUGCAAUCUUUGUUACGUUAUACUCUUUGACAUAUUCUCAUGAGCUUGGUAUAAUUCAUAUGAAUUCACUAUUUAUGAUGGGAGCAUCGGUAAAUUUGUUACAUGUUUUUUCUUUCCUCUGUAGUCUACUGCUUUCUUUUAUUGGUUUUUUUCCUUUA